CCAUUUUGAAUAUUUUUUAUAUGGCAACACUAAACUUAACAUACACAUUUGUUUUUAAUCUGUAUGUCUUUUUAGAUUUGAUUCUUUGCCGUGUCGAUUCGGCGAAGACGCCAGUAUGAAGUACAAUAAACUGGUUACGUCCUCGAGGAGGAAAAACAGGAAAAGGCAUUUCAGCGCUCCUUCCCACAUCAGGAGAGUACUUAUGUCCUCGCCUCUUUCCAAGGAGCUCAGGCAAAAAUUCAACGUUAAAUCGAUGCCCAUUCGUAAAGACGACGAAGUACAGGUUGUUCGUGGUCACUACAAAGGACAACAAGUUGGCAAAGUUGUGCAAGUUUACAGAAAGAAGUUUGUUGUCUACAUUGAGAGGAUUCAGAGGGAAAAAGCUAACGGUGCCAGUGCAUAUGUUGGCAUCCACCCUUCAAAGUGCGUCAUCGUCAAGCUAAAAAUGAACAAGGAUCGUAAGGCGAUCUUGGACCGCAGAGCAAAGGGUAGAUUGGCGGCACUCGGCAAAGACAAGGGCAAAUACACUGAGGAAACCGCUACUGCUGUAGAGACCUCGUGAACAUAGAUUUAAGAACAAUAAAAUUAUUAAAACACA